AUGAGGUUUUCAGACCUAGCCAGUGAUGAUGGUUUGAGAGUGCUCAACACCUUGCUGGCUUCACGGUCGUAUAUUGUCUCGUUCUCCCCGUCCCAGGCCGAUGUCGCUGUAUUCAAAGACAUUACCUCUCAUCCUGACCUCUCCCAGUAUCCUCACGUUGCGAGAUGGUACAAGCAUAUUGAUACCUACAAAUCCGAAUUCGCGACCUUGCCCGGCGAUCCGUUUAAGCCCUAUACUACCUACGGACCUGAGGUUGACGAAGCUAGCGUUACCCGCGAUGCUGACGACGAUGAUGAAGAUCUCUAUGGUAGAGAAGACGAAGAAGAAGACCAGGAAGCAGUUUGUCUCCAAAAAGAGCGUCUAGCAGCCUACAAAGCGAAGAAAGCAAUCAAGCCAAAGCCUGCAGCAAAAUCCGUAGUCACACUAGAUGUCAAGCCUUGGGAUGACGAAACCGAUAUGGCCGCGCUAGAGGCCUUGGUUCGUAGCAUUGAAAAGGAUGGUCUAGUCUGGGGUGCUUCGAAAUUAGUUGCGGUAGGUUUCGGCAUUAAGAAGCUGCAGAUUAACCUCGUUGUUGAGGACGAAAAAGUGUCGACGGUGGACCUUCAGGAGGAAAUUGAAAGCUUUGAGGAUUACGUUCAGUCUUCAGAUGUUGUUGCCAUGCAGAAGCUAUAAACAGUAAUAUGCAAUCAUUAACGAGCCCAUCAGACUUUAUGAUGUGAAUAAAUAUGUAAAUUAUGAAUCAUAAGGAAAGAUUACUACUAAUCCUAAGCUUGAGGGUCCCAGCAACUGCAAAGUAUAAGAGAGGAUGAAAUAUGCACAGAAUCAUCUUUUGAGCGUUUACGUAUCUGAAUUGGUAUCGCUGCCGAUAAUGCAAGGUAAUGGUAUGAGGUUGAUUUUAG